AUGUCAAAUGAUGUGUAUAAGAAAUGGAUGAAGUGUCCCCGUAAGUCGAUAGAUUACAGACAAUGUGUGAAGUCAUUCGUAGAGUUUUCCAUGAUUAAUGGUGGUGGGUGUACUUUGUUUUCAUGCCCUUGUCGUCGUUGUAUGAAUGCUAAAGGUUUAAUUACCCUGAGUGAGAUAUCAUUUCAUUUGCUGAAAUAUGGUAUGCAAGAGAUGUACACAACAUGGCGCUUUCAUGGGGAAAGUUUAGAAGCAGCACGUAACACUACAACUGAAUAUGUAGCCGAUAAUGAUGUCACAGCAGUUUCGAAUGAGAGUAUUGCAGCAUAUGUGGAUGAAAAUGUUAAGGCAGGGAUGGAUGAGAAUGGAGAAGAAGGUGUUGAUGAGAAUGCAGAAGCAGGUGUUGAUGUGAAUGUUGGAACCAACAGGUGUUAUGAGAAAAAGAAGUCAGCGGCUGAGCAGGCAAGAGAACCAUUAUAUCCUUCAUGUCCUAAAGGAAAGUCAGCAAUGUGCGACGCGAUUAUGGUGAACAACAUAAAGACUCAGUUUGGAAUUUCAGACAACGGUGUUACAACAAUGUUAGAGUUGAUGAAAGAGUUGCUUCCCGAAGGUAACACCCUUCCAUCCAAGUUUCCAGAUAUCAAGGAGAUUAUUAAAGAGUUGGGGAUGGACUAUGUCACUUAUGAUGCUUGUAUAAAUGACUGUGUACUUUAUUGGAAGGAUAAUAGUUCAUUGGUGAAAUGUCCGGUAUGUCAAGAACCUCGGUAUGUAAGAGUUUUUAAUGAUGAGAGAAAACUUACACAAGUUGCGCAGAAUACUUUAAGGCAUUUUCCAAUAAUUGCAAGGCUUAAAAGACUUUACAGUGUAUCAUGGAUAGCAGAGGCGAUGCUUUGGCAUUCUAGAGCACAGAAAGAUGUCAAUAUAAUGCGUCAUCCGGUUGAUUCUACAGCUUGGCGGUGUGCGGAUAACUUUUAUCCUGAAUUUGCUAAGGAAGCACGGAAUGUUACUCUUGGGAUAGCAACUGAUGUCUUCAACCCAAAUGGAUGUUUUGGUCUCAAUUACAGCUGUUGGCCGGUGAAACUGUGUCCGUACAACCUUCCACCUUCAAUGUGUAUGAAGCGCGAAUUCUCCAUGUUAUAUUUGUUGAUAUCAGGCACAAGAGCACCAGGUAAAGACAUUGAUGUGUACUUACAACCAUUGAUAGAGGAGUUGAAAGAGUUAUGGAAUGAUGGUGUUAUGACAUUCGACAGCUUCACAAAGUCUGAAUUUCUGUUGAAGGCAAGGUUGUUAUGGGCCAUUCAUGAUUUUCCGGCAUUAGUGACUCUGUCCGGAUGUGUGACUCAUGGAUAUUAUGCGUGUCCUACCUGUGGUGAAGAAACAGUUUCUGAGUGGCUGUCGUAUAGUAAGAAAAUAUGUUAUAUGGGACAUCGAAGAUGGCUGCCAUCCAAACACAAGUACAGAGAUGACAAGACAAACUUCAGUGGAGGGGUAGAAUAUGGUAAAGCUCCAUGGCCACUAACAGGAUUGCAAAUUCAAGAAAUGGUGAAGGAUAUGAGAAGCAAACAGGGUAAGGGUAAACCACCAGCAAAGAAACGUAAAAGAGGAGCAGAAGGUGAUAAUUUGCAACAGGGAGCCGAUGAAGAUGUUUCUGACCACUCACUCUUUUCUCGAAGGUCCAUUCUUCAUGAUUUGCCGAAUUAG